AUGUGCUGGGGGAAGUGGUGGGUACAAGAACUAAGAACAACUAUGUCCAACUUUACUGCUGGGUCUGGGUUUCUGCUUCUGACAUUCUCAGAGGUCCGAGAACUGCAGCUCCUACACUUCUUUGUGUUCCUCGCAUUGUACCUGACAGCAGUAACAGGGAAUCUUCUCAUCAUCAUGGCAGUGGCCCUUGAUCAUCACCUGCACACCCCAAUGUAUUUCUUCCUAAUGAACUUGGCCGUUCUAGACAUUGGUUCCAUUUCUGUCGCUAUACCCAAAUCCAUGAUGCAAUCCCUCCUGAACAGCAAAUGGAUUUCUUUUUCUGGAUGUGCUGCUCAAGUUUUCUUUUAUUUCUUUUUUGCAGCAGCAAAUUUUUCCAUCCUCACCAUAAUGGCACAUGAUCGCUGUGUUGCUAUCUGCAAACCACUCCACUAUGAGAGAAUUAUGCAUAAAGGAGCCUGCAUUCAAAUGGCAGGGAGUGCAUGGAUUGCUGGUAUGCUCUAUGGUAUAUUACACACUGGGGGCACUUUUGCCAUCAACUUCUGCUCUAAUAUUGUCAAUCAGUUCUUCUGCGAAAUUCCCAAGUUACUAAUACUUUCAUGCUCAGAUUUGUACCUAGUUGAGGUUGGAUUUAUUGCAGCUAGUUGCUGUGCAGUAUUAAGUUGCUUCAUUUUCAUGAUAACAACCUACAUUCAGAUAUUUAUGGCAGUGCUUAAAGUCCCCUCUGCACGGGGACAGAAAAAAGCCCUCUCCACCUGCCUUCCUCACCUCAUUGUCUUCUCACUUUUUCUGUUAACUUCAAUCUUUGCCUAUGUAGUACCUCCCAGUAAUAGUUCCUCUGAACAGGGCCUAAUCUUUGCUAUUAUAUAUAUCACAGUUCCACCCACAAUGAAUCCAGUGAUCUAUAGCAUGAGAAACAAGGAGAUCAAGUUAGCCUUGCAGAAGAUGUUAACUGUCAGGCAUUCUUCUACUACUAUUCCCUGA